UCGAGAAUAUCCAGUAGCGUGUCUCCGAAAAAGGUUUCGGUCAAUCUCGCAUGCUUUGCAUCGCACUCCCCUCUGCUCUCGUUUCCGUCGCGUCCUCCUCUUCCGUCUUUUUUACAUCUUGGGCGAUCUUCUCCUUGAGCAUGCCAAUAAAAUCCUUGCCACUCAUCUCAGGUUUGCAUCGUACGAACGGUUGUGCAUAUCGGCUUCUCGCUCCUUCUUGAAGUUUCUCUUUUUCGAUCUUAAAGUAAGACACUUAGUUUCGAUUCGGAUGUCCGAUUACUGAGCAAACAAGUCCGCGGAAGAAUCGCAUAUUCCAAAAGCUAACGAAUCUUACAUAAAUAUAAUGUAAACACACAGGUAACAUCGACAAAAUCGGGCAGGACUUUCAGUUAUAGAGUAUUUGCAACAACGGUGAACUUAAUUCCAAAUACAGGCGCAGAAUGACAAACUAAACUCGUCUGCAAUGCACAUAAAAGCAACACAGUUCAUAUAAUGACGUGCGAUAAUAUUGUAAAAAAAGCAACUUGUCGAGUAAUUAGUCGAGUGAAUAAAUCCAUAAUACAUGCAUUUUGCGCAAUUAACCAAAUUGUCAAAAAUUCUUAAUGCAAAAAAUGUUGAUUUUAUCCUAGUAUUCUUGUUACAGUAAUACAAAUAAAUGGCCAUACAUGAAACUUUUAUUUUAGAUGAUUUACAUUAUUAUUCACUGAAAUGAUCUUGCAAUUUUACCGCUUGUUUAUAUUUAAUCUUUAUAAUUUCUUUUGUGAAAAUAUAAUUAUGAUAAAUCGACGAAUAUUUAAUAAACGAGCGAGAAAGAAAAAAUGCAUGAUCUCUUAUGCACACAGGACACACUCCGUAACACAUCUUAGACAAUAAAUAUAAAUCCAAAUCGCCUCUGAAAUCCAUCGCAGCGUUAAUUCGAUCGACAAUCGAGUCUUAAAGAUAUCACAAAGCCAAAUUCGACGUUAACAUUUAUGAUAAAUGAUACAUGCUUACCUCAGCUACGUCUGGCGAUGACAUCGCGUGUCGAUUGUACCGAACUAGGUUGCAGACAUUGGAUUAUAAUUUGCGAAUGGCUCAUUCCACGACACAACCAUGGGCAGGCAAGGAAGAAAGUCGGGAACUGAUGGCGGUGUGGACAGACGUUGUCCGAGACCUCACGGAUGCAACCAAGAGUUUAGAUAUUCCGGAUGUCCCCAAAUGGUUGGCAAAAGUAUUACAGUAUAACGUUCCAAACGGAAAGAAAACUCGCGCCCUAGCAUUAGUUUAUGCCUAUAGGCUGCUGGCACCUAGCAGUCAAGUCACAGAGGAAAAUAUUCAUCUAGUACGAAUUUUAGCAUGGUGCGUCGAACUGCUCCAAGGCUUUUUCCUUGUUAUCGAUGACAUUCAAGACCGAUCGUUAAUUCGUAGAAACCAACCAUGUUGGUAUCGGCAAAAUAAUAUAGACUUAGCGGCAAUUAACGACGGCUUAAUGAUAGAGAAUACCGUGGGUUAUCUACUUCGAAAACACUUCAAAGGGAAAGAGUGCUACAUAGAUCUGGUAGAAACAUUCCAAGACAGCGUACUGAAGACUAUAUUCGGGCAAUGUUUAGAUCUGCUUUCCACCAAUUACGGCAAAACGCCGAAUCUAGAUCUCUUUACGAUGGAUCGGUACAACUCUAUUGUCAAGUACAAAACGUCGUAUUAUUCGUUCAUUCUGCCGAUAACCGUCGCGAUGCAUUAUGCUGGAAUAAAAGAUCCAGAAAUGUUCAGGCAGGCAAAAACGAUCCUGCUGGAAAUGGGACAUUUCUUCCAAGUUCAAGAUGAUUACUUGGGUUCCUACGGAGAUCCUGAAGUCAUUGGCAAGGAUAAUACCGACAUAGAAGAGGGCAAGUGCACGUGGCUGAUCGUUAUGGCUCUCCAGCGUGUUACACCGUCACAGCGGAAGAUUUUAGAAGAAUGUUAUGGUAUCGCCGGUGAUCCGGAGAAAGUAAAGCGCGUGAUGCAGCUGUACAAUGAACUGGGCUUGCCAAACACUUAUGCCAAAUACGAAGAGGACACGCAUAAACUGUUAAAUACGCACAUACAGCAGAUAUCACGCGGUCUACCACAUGAUCUUUUCCUCAAGUUGUUGGAGAAGCUAUAUCACAGGCAGUCAUGAAAGUAAGAAGAAACGGAAAAAAACAGUUCUCGGAGUACACGAUACUGGCACUAACCAUCUUAUUAUAUAUAUUAUUAUAGAUUUAAUGUCAAGAACCAAGGUGUGUUAAUUAUCAUGAAAAAUGGCGAUUUACUUUAAUACCUAAUAAUUUACUUUAUGCCCAUUAUCGUUGUUUCUAUCAUUGUUUCAAGAGAGGAAAUCGAAAUCUUGUUCCGUGUUGCAUUUCUAUUAAUUUAAAAAUUCAGCCGACACAUGUAGAAUUUAUAUGUCUCUUGUAAAAUCUCAACUGGAGACAAAGUGCGAGAUGUACAGGAAUUUUUAUAAGAAUCGUUUUCUAUGAGAGACAAUUAUACUUGUAAAUCCACAAAGAUUUAUACGUACACAUUUAUUAUAUAGUAUAUAAAAGUAUAUUUUUACAUGUUAUAUGUUACAUACUUUACAAUAAUGUCUUUCUAGGAUAAUAAUCACAUGAUCCUGGAUUGAUCGUUACGCUAUUGCAAAUACAGAACCAAAACAAUUACGAGG